UUCUCUUCAACCCGAUCAUUUAAUGGUUCUCUGGAGAACGGGAAUGACUUCACUGUUUCAAUCCUCAACAUGAUUGAAAGAUUAGGGCUUUAGGGUUUUAGAUACCGUUUGAAUUCAAGUUGGGUUUUCUUUUUUGUGGGUUUUUUUUUUAGUCUUUGUAAUUGAAACCUGAAAGUUGUAGAAUUGGUAGCAAGAAAUGAAUGCGAGCCAGCCCGCGGUGCACCCAGUGGAGGCGCCGCCGUUGAGGGAGGGGGCAAUGAAUAAUGAACCGCCAAGGAUGAGGAUGAAGGACACUCAAGGGAUGCCAGGGACUGUCGGUGGCCUCGGUCUCCGUCUCUCUCAAUUCGUCUUUUCUCUGGUAUCGCUCUGCGUUAUGGUAUCCACCCCUGAUUUCAACUCCGUGACGGCUUUUAAUCACCUGGUGGUUGCUGUUAGCUUGCAAAAUGUGUGGAGCUUGUUCUUAGCAAUUCUUGAUAUUUAUGCCCUUUUAGUGAGACGGAGCCUGCGCAAUUAUUUGAUCACUCGUGUCUUUGCCAUUGGUGAUGGGAUUACAUCCACCCUUACCUUUGCUACUGCUAGUGCAUCUGCUGGCAUCACGGUCCUCGUUGCCAAUGAUCUUAAUAAAUGUGCUGGAAACCACUGUGCUAGCUUUGAGAGUGCUACAGCUAUGGCUUUUCUCAGCUGGAUGGUGUCGUUGCCCUCCUUCCUUUUGAACUUCUGGUCAUUGGCUUCUCAGUAAGAUCAUGGUUAAUAAAUAAGUGGUUACUGAACGACUCUGGUUUUGUAACUACUUCCUUGCUCCUAUGAUAUUCCACUGCUAAAGUCUGGCAUGUACAUACAUAAAAAUUUUGCUAGAAAAUGUUGGAACAGGCACAGUUUUCACAUCACAUGUAGUAAUUCUUUUUUUUUCUUCCAAGUAAUAUAAGGAUCUGAAUCUUUUCCAUC